CACUAUACACUAUCAAGUGCAUAUAUGCACGCGUGACAUAGAGAGAGAAGCAAAAAUCAAGAGAGAGAGAGAGAGAGAGAGAGAGAGAGAGAGAGAGAGAGAGUUGAGUACUACUACUGCAUGCUACUGCUGCGUCCUACUGCACUCAUUCAUGAUCAGCAUUAUGAAACAUGUGCUGGCAGCGGCGAUGACGAUUUGCGUGUUCGCGACGGCGGCGGCUGCCGCGGUGGUGGUGGCGGAAGAAGGCGGCGGCGGCGGAGGGUGUCGGGCGGAAGAGGCGGUGUUCUUCAAUUUCGGGGACUCGAACUCGGACACGGGCGGCGUCGCGGCCGGGCUCGGAUACCACUUCCCCCUCCCCGACGGCCGCGCCUUCUUCCGCCGCCCCACCGGCCGGCUCUGCGACGGCCGCCUCGUCGUCGACUUCCUCUGUGAGAGCCUGCCCACAAGAUAUCUGAGCCCAUACCUGGAAGCACUGGGCUCAGACUUCAGCAAUGGAGCCAACUUCGCCGUCGCCGGAUCGACGACUCUGCCGAACAACGUCCCCUUCGCGCUCCGGAUCCAAGUUCAGCAGUUCCUCCACUUCCGAUCGCGAUCUCUAGAGCUUUCCGCGCAAGGUUUUGGAGCCACUGUCGACGAGGACGGUUUCGGAAGAGCACUCUACUCGAUCGACAUCGGCCAGAACGACCUCACGGGCAUUGUAGGCUCGAGACUGCCAUACGACCAAAUGAUCGCGAGAAUUCCGCCCGUCGUCGGCGAAAUAAGAUCCGCCGUCACGACCUUGUACAACACCGGCGCGAGGAACUUUUGGAUACACAACACUGGGCCCCUGGGAUGCUUACCGGAGAAGCUCGCUGCGCCGCGCAAAGACGACAGCGAUCUCGACGCUUACGGAUGUCUCAAAACCGCCAAUGACGUCGCCAGGGAAUUCAAUUCGCAACUGAGUACAAUCUGCGACGAAAUGCGGUCGGAGUUGAGGAAUUCGACGAUCGUCUAUACCGACAUCUUUGCUAUCAAGUAUGAUCUCAUCGCGAACUAUACCAGCUAUGGUUUCGAGAAGCCGUUAACGGCGUGUUGCGGCUACGGGGGGCCGCCGUACAACUACAACAGAAGUGUAACAUGCCUGAAUCCGGCGUGCCAGGUUUGCGACGACGGCGCGAAGUACAUAAGCUGGGAUGGAGUGCACUACACUGAGGCUGCAAAUUCUGCAGUUGCCAACAAAAUUCUCACUGCUGAGUACUCAAAUCCCAGAACUGAGUUUGGUUUCUUCUGCAGCACUACAUGAUUGAAAAUUAAUGCUUUAGAUGACUUUUAGUUAGCAAAGUAUAUGUUCUUGGUAUGAAUGAAUGAAUGAUAGUUUAAUUUAUGUUGAGAAAUGAGAAAAGGAGUUGUAGAAGAGAUGUUAUAAGUGUUAUUUAAAAAAAAGGGAAAGGAAUUGUGAGGUGAUCAUGAGUGGUUUUGUUGUUCCCUGAACUGCUUGAUAUGUAAGAACAAUUCCAAGAAAAAGAAUAUAUA